AUGCAGUUACUUCUUGAAGGUCAUAUCAUCAUUGGGUUUGUUGACGGCUCAACACCCUGUCCUACCCAGUUUAGUCAAGAAUCUUCUGAUAACUCUGCAUUCUUAUCUGGUAAUUCCUCCACAAGGGUACCAUCAGAUGAAUACAAGAUUUGGAAUAUGCAUGAUAAAGCAUUAAUGCAGUUAAUCACUACAACGUUGUCUCCUGAUGCAAUUUCAUGUGCAAUUGGCAGUACCAGUUCCAAAGAAUUGUGGACUGGGCUUAAAGAACAGUUCUCUACAGUCACAAGAACAAGCAUAUUUCAACUCAAAUCCAAGCUUCAAAAUAUAAAGAAGGGUAAUGAUUCUAUCACACUAUAUUUGCAGAAAAUUAAAAAAGCAAGAGAUUUCUUGACUGCUGCUAGUGUAUUCUUGAAGGAUGAUGAUAUUGUGAUUCUUACACUAAAUGGUUUGCAUGUUGAAUUUAAUAUAAUAAGAUCUAUGAUUAGGGGUUGUGAAACUGCGAUAUCAUUGAAAGAUCUUCGAUCUCAACUACUUACUGAAGAAACUUUGCUUGAAAAUGUAUCUACAUCACCAGUGUUCUCUGCACUCAUGGCACAAAACAAUGGUUUUACUUCCAAGAAUCGAUCUUUUUCCAACUCUGGUGGCAACCAUGUUAGUCCCAACUCUAAUGCAUACAAGUCUUUCAACAACAACAACAACAACAAAGGCAGAAAUUGGUUCAAUUCCAACUUCAAUUCGAAGUUUGGCAACAACAAGAAUUUUCAUUUAAGUCCUGUUCCUGGAAUUCUUGGUACAUCACCGCCAAGAUCACAAAACUAUGGUUUUCAGGCCCAAACUUGCCAAAUUUGUGGGAAAACCAAUCAUCUGGCCUCUACUUGUUGA